AAGUGUUCCAUGAGGCUGAACGGGAGCGUAUGUAAGUUCCUUCCUGAACUCUCGCCUUUUUGUGUUUGAAAGCAGAAUCUAACAAUAAUCGUAGUUGAUAUUCUUAGACAAGAUUGACGUGUAAGUUCAUACGAUGGAAAAGACACAAGAUGGCAGCGACGGGAAAAGUAAGGGUUAUGUAACUCCUGCUGUAGACCGCCCUGAUGCGCCCAUGCCCGUGGGAUCUAAGGAACCAAAUUAUAACAUGCGGCAUGAAGAACGAGGCCGUGCUAUCAUCCUUGCAUAUGAAAACUUUUCAAGUUAUGGGCCACCAAGACGGAACUGCGCUGAACAUGACGUAGAGAUUGUCACGGCUGCUUUCAAGAAGCUGAAAUUUACUGUCCUGACUCACUGGGACUUGAAGACGGAUGACCUUCUGAAAGUUCUCAAGCAAGAGAGCCUGGAGGAUCACUCUAACCAUGACUGCUUGGUGGUGGUUCUGAUGUCUCAUGGAGGCGUUAACAACAACAACGAGGAAUUCUUCUAUACUUACGACCACAAACUCAAGACAUCGGAGUUGUGGACAAACUUCACUCCGGAAAAGUGCCCGACGCUUGCUGGGAAACCGAAGAUGUAUUUUCUCCAGGCUUGCCGAGGAGAAGGCGUCGACAAAGGCGUUCGCUUACAGCAACCAAGAGGGAUGCGAGUGCAGACCGACAGUAUGCCAAUCGAGAAAGAUUAUGCCAUUCCUUUGCAUGCUGACAUGCUCAUUAUGUGGGCAUCAUACAUAGGAACGUUUGCCUUCAAGUCAGGCAACAACGGCAUAAACGGGAGCGUCUUCCUGCACUUCCUUUCCAAAGUCCUAAGCGAGGAAGGCGACCAUCAUGACCUCUCAACUAUGCUCCUUCGAGUGACCAGGGAAGUCGCUGUCUGUUACGAGUCUUACGUCCCGGGGAACUACAGACUCGACAUGAACAAGCAAAUCCCUUACACGGUAUCUACGCUCAUGCGCAAGGUCUUCUUUAAUGAAAUGAAAUAGAGCGUUAAAUAAAACAUGGCUUGUGUAGAAAGUAAUGAAACAAAUUUACCAUAUACACGAGAAACUGGAGCCUGUUCUAAUUGUCUGUAACUUCCUCUAUCCGGCAUCUAUUAGUUGACCAUGACUAAUCAAACAUGCGUUGCCUUUCGAGGAUGGCACAUGGAUAGCAAAUAAAAGUCUUAGCCUUUAUUUAAAUGCCAUUGUUAAAAGUGAGAGAGAGAGAGAGAGACAGAGACAGAGACAGAGACAGAGAGAGAGCGAGAGAGAGCC